UUAGUUGGUGUUUAAUUUCUUUGAUACCCAUAGGGAUCACCGUAUCAAUAUCUACAAUCUUUGUAUGUGUUUUGUAAGUGUAAAAUAAACUCUUUAAAUACCCCUUCUUCUCUUCAAUUUCAUUCAAUUCAUAAAAAGAGUAACAAAAUAGAGAGAGAAGACUUGGUGGUCCAGAAAUGGAGACCUACAGUUCCUCUUUCUCUAGUAUGAAAUCCUACCUCAAAGCACUCUCCGAUACUCCGUCCCGGCUCGCUCGUCGAGUCGGUUCCGUCUCGACUUCUUUCGAGGAAAGAAGCCGAGUACGAGCCCGGUCAGGUGGAGACAUGAAAAAGAGUCUUCGAUGGUAUGACCUAGUUGGAUUCGGCAUCGGCGGUAUGGUCGGUGCCGGUGUGUUUGUUACUUCGGGGCAGGCUAGUCGUGUAUAUGCUGGUCCUGCUGUUGUGCUCUCUUACGCCAUUGCUGGUUUUUGUGCUCUGCUCUCUGCUUUUUGUUAUACUGAAUUCGCCGUUGAUUUGCCUGUUGCCGGCGGUGCUUUUAGCUAUAUUCGUAUCACUUUCGGUGAAUUUCUAGCGUUUUUGACUGGCGCGAAUCUGAUCAUUGAUUACGUACUAUCAAAUGCGGCGGUAGCGAGGAGUUUCACUGGUUAUUUAUGUACAGCGCUCGGUAUAUCCAACAAAUUGAGAAUCACCGUCAGUGAAUUACCAAAGGGAUUCAAUGAGAUUGAUGUUGUAGCUGUUUUAGUGGUUUUAUUCCUGACAGUAAUCAUCUGUUACAGUACAAGGGAGAGUUCGAUGUUGAACUUGGUGUUAACGGUGUUACAUCUGGUAUUCAUAGUGUUUGUGAUAGUAAUUGGAUUUACGAGGGGUCAUACGAAGAAUUUUACGAAAGCAGGAGAUACUCAAAAUCAUGCGAGUGGAUUCUUUCCAUAUGGUGCAUCAGGUGUGUUCAAUGGAGCAGCAAUGGUGUAUUUGAGUUACAUAGGUUACGACGCCGUUUCGACUAUGGCUGAGGAGGUUAAAAAUCCUGUUAAGGAUAUACCUGCUGGGGUCUCGGGUUCCGUUAUACUCGUGACAGUUCUUUAUUGCCUUAUGGCUGCUUCAAUGUCCAUGCUUCUCCCUUAUGAUAUGAUUGACCCAGAUGCGCCAUUUUCGGGGGCAUUUAUGGGAUCAGAGGGGUGGAGAUGGGUGUCAAAUGUGAUAGGAGGUGGGGCUAGUUUCGGUAUUUUAACCUCUUUAUUAGUGGCGAUGUUGGGUCAAGCUCGAUACAUGUGCGUAAUCGGACGGUCUAGCGUUGUCCCCGCUUGGUUUGCUAAGGUCCAUCCUAAAACAUCUACGCCUCUUAAUGCUUCCCUUUUUCUCGGACUUUGCACAGCAGCAAUUGCCCUAUUCACUGAUUUACAAAUACUACUCAACCUUGUAUCAAUUGGUACACUUUUUGUAUUUUACAUGGUAGCAAAUGCUGUUAUUUACAAGCGUUAUGUCGCGGUUGGUGUGACAAAUCCAUGGCCUACAUUGUCAUUCCUGUUUUGCUUCUCAUUGACAUCAAUUUUAUUCACCUUGCUAUGGCAACUUGCACCACCAGGCAAGCCAAAAGCCUGCAUGCUUGGUGCCUGCACUGCUAUUGCGAUUGCUGUAUUACAACUAUUUCAUUAUAUGGUACCACAAGCGCAAAAACCGGAAUUUUGGGGUGUGCCAUUAAUGCCAUGGAUUCCUUCCAUGUCCAUCUUCCUCAACAUAUUCUUGUUAGGUUCACUUGAUAGACCAUCCUACGUGCGAUUCGGAUUCUUCUCAGCUCUAGCUGUGCUAUUUUAUGUUCUCUACAGUGUUCAUGCUAGCUUUGAUGCUGAGGAAGAUGGGACUCUUAGUCAAAAGAGUAUUGAAUUGGUGAAGGAAUCUAUUGAAGUCCAGGACCAUACUCUUAAAGUGUAAAAAUGUUCUCUAUUUAAGCUGACUUUUUCCUUAGUAUGACUUCUACUUUCUCUUUUUUGGGGGUGGGGUGGGGUAGGGAGAUGGGGGAAAGUAAUUUAUGGAUACCUAACAUAGAAAUGGAAGAGGACAUAUAGGAUGGAAUAGGCUGCAGAUUUUGCAGUGAUCAAGUUGUAUAGUUUACUAUGACGAUGAGAUAUGAUAUGAGCUUAAAUAACACAAUGAGGAUUUGUAUCACCGUUCCUAACUUAUUUGGGACUGAGAUAGUUAUUAUUGUUAAUGUUAUUGCAAGUUGUAUAGUUUAUUGUUAUCACAA